AUGACUGAAAUAAAUGAAUCAAAGUCCAAUUAUUAUCAACUUUGUAAAAUUGCCAUUACAACUCUUGGCCCUUUCCCUUGGGUGGUGACCGGUGCCAGCAAGAAAAAAGGGGGAAAACGGAAAACCGAUUUUCCUCGCGUUGACAACUCAUUUUCCGAUCACCGGCGAUCAGCGAUGGCUUACCGGAGGCGGCAGCAAGUCGGCCGUACUGACAGUUCCUACUCCAACAAUUACGACUUUGCCCCUCCGCGUGAUGGCAAUGCAUCGGCGUCCCCCGCAUCCUCGCUCGCCGCCAGAGCCGUCGGAGCUUCAGCUGCGUACAGGGAUUCGUCGCUGUCCUCCGCCUACGAACACUCCACCGUCUCAUCUCCGCGAGAUUCUUCGCAUUCCUCUGCCAAGGAUCAGCCCAUCUAUGAAUCCCCAAAUAAGAAGAACAUGAAUGAAUCUAGGCAAGGGUUCUGGAGGGAUCUUGCUCAGAAAGCUAAAGCGAUUCUUGAUGAUGAUAAUGUGUCUGGGAGCAUUAAAAAGGAUCAGCAUUAUGACACGUACAAUUCUUCAGAAAGCCAUCAAAAGACUGACAGCCCUUCAAUAAAGAAGAAGCUUGGUGCAAUCAAAUCAUCCCUUAAUCACAUUGGUGGCACCAUUGGUAAUGCUCUUGAGGAGGGUAUCACAGCAGUGGAGAACCGUACUGCUGACAUCAUUCAAGAAACUCGUAAUAUUCGCUUGACGAAAAAGGGUGGUAGCUCGAUAGCCCAGAAUCAGGAUUCAGAGCAUAGUAGCUUGCGGCAAACUCGUAGGCAGCCUCAGUUUCAGACCCACACUGAUCUGGAAACGCAACUGAAGGCAUCUCGUGAUGUUUCAAUGGCAAUGGCUGCAAAAGUAAAACUUCUCCUGAGGGAGCUGAAGACUGUCAAGGCUGACCUGGCUUUUGCAAAGGAGCGGCUUCAGCUCGAGACCCUUCUAACUGAGAAAUCAAGGCUCGCACAUGAGAAUUCAGUCUAUGCACGAGAAAACCGUUUCCUUCGGGAAAUUGUCGAGUAUCAUCAGCUGACCAUGCAGGACCUGGUAUAUUUUGACGAAGGCAAUGAAGAGGUUACUGAAGUGUAUCCAAUCAAAAUCGAUACACAAUCUGUUGGCACAUUGACUUCACCUACUCCAAUCCCGACAAUUCCUGAAGGUGCAAUUUCUUGA